AUGCCCAAAACCAUCGUAGUCAUCGGCGCCACCGGCAACCAGGGCGGCUCCGUCGCCCGCACCUUUCUCCAGCUCCCCGCCGGCGCCGACUCGUGGCACGUCCGCGCCGUCACCCGCUCCCCCUCCUCCCCGGCUGCCGCCUCCCUCGCCGCCGCCGGCGCCUCCCUCGUCCGCGCCUCCCUCGACGACCCCGCGAGCCUGCGCGCCGCCUUUGCCGGCGCCCACGCCAUCUUCGCCGUCACCGACCCCCUCGCCAUCAUCGCCAGCGGCGGCGACGCCCCCGAGGACCCCGAGGAGGUGAUGGCGUGGGCGGGCGGCGCGGAGACGCGGCAGCUGAGGAACGUCGCCGACGCGGCCGCGGAGGUGGACGGGCUGGAGCGGUUGGUGCUGUCGACGCUGCAGGACGCGGAGCGCUGGUCGGGCGGCAGGUACAAGGCGGUGCACCACUUCACGGGAAAGGCGCGCGCGGAGGCGUACGUGCGGGAGGCGCACCCGGCGCUGUGGGCGCGGACGAGCACGUACCUGCCGGGCUGGUUCCUGCGCGGCGUGCUUCCCGGCGGUCCGGGCGCGCCGCAAAAGGCCGAGGACGGCACGCUGCUCUUCGCGCCGGGCAUCGAGUCGGACACGCGCGUGCCCGUCUUCGCACCCGAGGAGGACGCCGGCCCGCUGGUGCUCGCGCUCGUGCGGGAGCCGGCGGGCGGCAAGAGGGUGCUCGGGCAGCGCGCGUCGAUGCGCUUCUCCGAGUUCCUGGCGCUCUUCGCGGCGACGACGGGACAGAAGACGGGCUACGUCGCGUGGCCGACGGACGAGGAACAGCUUCCCAUGCCAGUGUUCCUGAGGAGGCCGCUGGUGGAGAUGUGUGCGUUCUGGGACGAGUUUGGCUACGUCGGCGGCGACGAGAGCGUGACGCUGCCCGAAGAUUUGACGUAUCCGCCGGUUUUCGAGACGGUCGCGCAGUACCUCGAGAAACACGACUGGAACUAUUGA